AUGGAAAGACGUGAGCGACUGUUGGAGGAGUACAAGGGCCUGCAGGCAAACCUGGAGGAGGCCCUUGAGCUGAAGCAGAGCAAUCAGGCUGAUUAUGAGGUGGAUGCGUUGAUUGAAGAGAUCAAGGAGGAGCUACGCGCUGCCGUUGCAUCUCUCAAUGCCAUGGAAGAGAUUGAGCAGACACCGGGACUAACAAAGACAUUUGGACCUGAUGACAAACCCGUCAUCUGCUACGCAGAGACCGCACCGUAUGAAGUGCAUUUUGACAAUGUGGCGUGGUACAGCUGUGUCAUCACGGACAUCGUGUCACCCGAGACAUCGCUAGACCGUAUUUGCUACAAGGUGUGGAUUUUAGGUUACAACGUGGAGGAGGAGGUUUUUAGUGAACAACUGCGUUUGUGGCAGCCUCAGACUGCCGAGGGAGAGGGCGCACUCCGCUCUGGCGUUGUGUGUCACGCGAUUGAUCCCCAAUCGGGGAAGUUUCGGUCAGCAAAGGUGGAGCGUCUCACCCUUGAUAACACCGUCAUUGUCGCUUUUGACGCUGUUGCAGACGAGACGGAGACGGAGACGGCUGCCGCCACUUCUGCUGCGUCGGGAAACGUCACUGCUCCUUUCAUCAAGGAGGUGCCGCUGUCUCAUGUGCGUGUUGGCCGCUUUUAUGAAGAGCUGCGUAAGCGACCAUUGCUUACUCCCGAGGAACGGGCGAAGCGGCGGGCAGAGAACUUGGAACGGAAACGAAUGCGGAUGCAGGCGAAGCGUCAGUUGGAGGCUGAUUUGGCAGCACAGAAUGCGAAUGAUUGGCAAAGGCUCGUGGAUGAUAUGGGAAUGGGAAAUGGCCCCAAAAGGCGGAAACGCUGA